GGGAUGCCAGACGAAGGUUCGCCAGUACACACUCACUCUGUGGACCCCAAAGUGCCACCCCUGAUGCCAGAGGACCACAGAGCUUCUGUUGCACCCAAUGCCGGUGCCAGCGAGGGGGGGCACCAAGACAUAGCACUCGCAAACGAAUAAAGGGAAUAACACUCCAUAUUGAAGCUCUGUUGGAAGUACAUAGCUCAGACCAAGCCUUGCACACAUCAAACAUGCUUGGAAAACUCACCCGUUUUUUCCUGGGUGAGGUGGAUGAAGGAGACAAUGAAGAGAACAGUGACAUGAACAACGUUCUGUAUGAGAAUGAGGAAGAUGACUGGAUUAUUGUGACUAUCCAAGUCCAACAUCCAAUGGCAAGGUUGGAAAUCGAUCCUCCAGAAAACCUACUGUUUGAACACCCGAGCAUGUCUGUAUAUACUCUGCGGAAUAAGAAUGAUGAAAGUGAAGAAGCUGCUGAUUUGGCAGAGAAACUGAAAGGUCACAGGGCUGUUCCAGUUGCUCACUAUAUCCCUCUAAGAAUGUCCACCUUAAUUGGAAAUGGUGGUGUGGUACAUGCCAAUCACAUGCGUUUCAUGCAGCGUGCCAAAUUAUACGUUGAGCAAAGAAAGCUAAGCCGGAAUCAACUUUUGAGGCAAAAUAGAGCCUGGAAACGACAUUCUACUAAAGAGACAAGCUCCAGACACUUCAAACAACCCCACCAGCGCAUUUCCAGAUAUUCGAGGCAAUAAGGAAACCUGUUUGUUUGGUUUGGACGGUAAACUUCAAGGGUUACAAUUUUGAGGGAUCGGGAGAAUCCCAACAGGAAUCUUACCCCUGAGUGUUUGCAUCUUGCGUAUCUAAAGGGCUUAUUUUCCUGUGCCUGCCCCCCCCCCCCCGCCGGGAAUAUUCAACUGCCUAGAGAUAGACUGAUUUACUAUUUUGCUGGCUUUCUGCCUUUUUUAAACUGCCAAGGGACUUUUGAGGUUUUUCUUGGUGCCAUAAAGCUGGACUUGAGGAGGAUGGGCUUUUACCCCAUUAUUCUGUUCUCAAUACUUGCUGGGUGCCUGAGCUCAGGGCACCUAGAAAGGAUAAAGCUAUAAGUGGCGCUGGGAAUCCCCAAUGACCAGAUGGGCCAGGGGGCAGCCUAAUAGAUGACAAGUAAGCCUCCAGAAUUGAAGUUUGCCCACCACCUGGUAUCCUGUUCUAUUGUGGCCUUCUGGCUGCUGAUCUCACAUCAACAUCCAGAAAGUCCCAAAUUCAUGGAGCAGGCUCGUAGCUACAUCUGAUUUUCAUGGGCUUCUUGCUAUUAAUUGGCUCUGAUAUGGGCAGACCCAUGCUGCAUUAUCCUUGAGCCAUGUAAAUAGACCAUGGUGAACAAUCCCAGGAUGGACCAGAGCAGGGCAUUUAGAGUGCAGUGCUCCUGUCUAGCACCAGGGCCAAGACAGGUCAAGAAAAUAAGCCCUCAAUAGUUUUAUAUUGGAUCGUGGAAACAGUCACAGCUUAUUUAGUUUCUUUUCACUGUAAAGUGACAUUAUUCAGAGUCCACAUUAGGGCUACAGUAUCUGUACUGAACAGUUAUUACUGUUGCUAAUAAGUACCUUGUAUUAUUGAAUGUUUACUUGUAACUGGCAUUAUUACUGAUCUGACUUGGCUGCAGGUAAAUGUAGUCAAAAGUACUUUUGAAUUUGUUGCUGCAGUAAUGCAGGAAAUUUGGCAGCUAUGUUGCACACAUCAAUGUCCCACAAACAGCAGUAAACAAGAAUAUUAGGCACACUAAAUGGAGGAUUCCUCUGCUUUGUUCAAAUAAUGCCAUAGGAACCUUUAUGUCCAUCAGGGGAGGCUAUUGGAGCCUCAGUUUAAUAUCUUGUUCAAAAGAUGGCGCCUUCAACAGAGCAUUACUAUCUCCGGCCCUUUGGAAUGGGAUUGAAUUCAUGAUUUCUGACUGACGUUACCUCUGACUCAAAGGUGAAAUUCUCCAAAAGUCUCUCUCUGCUCUCCCAUUAAACACUCAGGCUAGAUGCAACGCAAGUUACAUACAAAAUGAAACUUCCUCUACAUUGUCAUAAGAUUAUAAGAGUAGCUUACCAUCUAGAAACUUGAAAGUGUUGCUAACUCAUUUUCAUGCUAUUGUGCUUAUCCAUUCCCUGUAUUGCAGGUAAAUGUAGAAGUAUGGCUUUACGCAGACCAAGAUAAUGACUUGAAAAUAGAUUUGCAUUAGUAUCUGGAAAUCCUGGUGGAUGGCAACUUUAGCCUGACCACAGACCUUCAAAACCAAAAGCCAUUAUGAUUUUCCUUUAUCUUCCAUGACAAAGGGUGGGAUUUUCCACCUGCCGCCAGGGUCGUCUGGUCCCACUGAAGGUCAUUGGACCUUAGGCUGGGCCGCCAAAUCUCCCGUGGUAGGUCCUGCCAUGAAGGAGCUGGAAAAUCAUGGCCAAAGUUGCAGUGCGGCUUGAGCUUGUGAGUAUGCUGCCCUCUAUUUAAAUGCAGUGAGACAGUUUAAGGUCACAUGGGAGGGAAAUUAGAGUGGUUAUUUUUGAAUUGUGGCAUGUCUUGGAACAAUUUUCCUUCAUAGUUCAGAAUUUGUGGCCGUGUAAUGGAAGCACUUUCAGUGGGCCACGUUCAAGAUCCAGAACCAAACUCAGAGCUGGGUUUCUGUCAAAAAGUGAAGUUUCUGCAGACGCAGGAUUCAGACCUGCAUUGACCUGUUAACUUCUUUGGAGUCAGCCUCAAGGUGAACAAACAACUUUGCCAAAACCCUUCACAUGGCCUUCUAGAGCUGUCAGACAAUCUGCCUUUUGAGAGCCUUCUAGCUGUCAAAGACACAUGUCAGUUACAUAGAUAAUGCUGCUUUCUGGCAGCUAUACAAAAUACCUCAUUACCUGGAGGAUGCAUGUGAUUAAAAUGUUAUUUAUGUAUUUGGAGCUCUUCCAUGAUUUGGUGAGCGGCAAGCAGCUGUAGUUGAAACUUAACUGGUGAAACAACUGCUCAUUGGGAUAUGGUGUGCACCAAUGCUUUGGUCAAGAAGAUAGUGGCAAUGUCGCAGGUUGUGCUGUUCACUUUACCAUGUGUGAAAAGUCCCUGGUACCUGUAACCCACCUACCAAAAACUCAAAUCUAUGCUUGUCAGUUGCAUGACCAAUCCAAUACCUGAUCCAGGCAAUUACUGUUGAACAUUGGAGAGGUAACUUUGGCUCACUAAUCAAAUGUGAAGGGAUAGACCUGUCAAUGGAGGUUGGGAUUUCACCCAUUCGGUUCCAGAUAAACCUGAAAUUGAGUACCUAAUGAGCAGGGUAGUCCAAGCUGGACAAGUGGGAGAAAGUUUCCCAGCAUUCUUUACUGGCAGGAUGUAUAUUUUUAUCUGGUUAGACUCUAGCAGUACCCCUGCAGACUGAGAUAUUACCAAGUUUUGACUUGGGCAAGUUCAUUCUUCUCUAUGGGAAGAGGGUAGGCACUUUACAUUGAAUGAAUUUAUAGAUUUCUAAGUAAAUGAAUUUGGAAUCUUAAUAAUAGCAGAGGAGUUCUGCAUGUGUUGAACCUGACACAAUAUUAAUUUAAAGUUACAUCAUCCUAUACCUUAUAGGGCCAUUGUUAUAAUAAAAGUAACUUUGGCAAAAACAAAAAUGAGGAACAGAUAUUUUAACCUUAUGUUGGUGAUAAUUUGACGAUUAUUUCCUGGUGCCAGCUCAUGAUAAUCCUGCAAUGUGCCCAUAGUUUUUAAUGUUCUGGCAGUGGAUGAGCUUACUCAACACUGACAUGUACUGGAAAAUAUCCCCCAAUAUGUUCAUUUCUUUUAUAUUAAGUCUCAAAAGCAGAAAUGCCCCAUUCUAUUUACAAAUGGCACAGACCAACAAUAAUUGGAUUCAAAGGAGAAUGAUAUCAGAAAUUAUAUCAGGAUUUGAUAGAUUCCACUUGGGAGUAUGCUUCUCUCAGCAGGUAAUCAUCUUUCAUGGAAUCAAGUGGACUGGUGCCUUUUUAAUAGCAAUUCUGCAUGACUAUUCUUCACAUAGUUGUGACCACUCACCCCAAAUGAGAUGCUGUACCACAUGAAUCCCACAAUAGCAGAUUUUUUCUGGCUUAAAAACAUUGCUAGACUGAUGACAGUUUAUCUAUUAAAUGGUUAAAAAUUCCUGCAUUUAGUAAACCUUUUGAAAUGUGUAACUGAUAUUGUGAUAACACUUUUUCUACUCUUACCAGAUGAGAACUAGGACAGAACUUAAGGAAGUUGCUGAUUACACAUUGAAAUAAUUCUCAUUCAUACAAAGAACCCUCGAUCUAUAUUGUCAAAUUGAUCAUAUACAAGGAAUCAUGUUAUGGUUUUAAUGCAGUAGAAUAUGUGUACUGUUUUUCAAGUUUGUUUAAUUUUUGUGUGGAAUUUUUCACUGAUCUGAGUAAUAUAAAAGUAUUGAUAAAUUGUCAAUAGUGACCAGUUAUUUGGGAUUAAAGCCCAGUAGUUCUGAUAAGGGCAUCCACUUAAAAGUUAACUGUUUCUCUCUCCAAAAUGCUGUGUUUCCAGCACUUCCUGCUUUUAUUUGGUAUUAAAAGGCAGUUAAUGUUAGGAAUUUCUGGUUGCUAUGUAUAAGUAACUUUGCAAUAAUGGGAGCACACAAAAAAGGCUGUGAUUUCCUGCAAAAUUCUCCAAGAUUCUUUUGGAAUGAACAUCUGAUUUCAUUAGUAAUAAUGGGCAAAAUUAAUAUUUCACGAUUGUGUUAAAACAGAAUAACCAAAGGAUGCCUCGCCCUUUAGUGUUGGAACCCUGCUCUUGAGUAUUCUCUCUUCUUUUACAUUGUUAUUUUGUUAUAACACAUUGUUAUAUGCUAAUUCUUCACUUUAACCUUCAAUGACCAUGACAAUUUUGCAUGUAUAACUAGACAUAUAGGUGGUAUUUAAUCAGCACGAUGGGGGUUUCGCCCACUAGUUGGAGAACCAGCAGGGAACUCUUGACAAUUUCAUGGAGUAGGCCCUAUGAUAUUCAGUGCCCUUCAAACACUUAAGGGGCCAAUGUCAGGCCUUCCCUGGUUUUCAGGACCCCAGUGGCCAAGAGCCCAAUUAGAAGCCAAUAGCUCCUCAAUUGCUGUCAGUGCUACUGGGAGUGUUGGGACCAGCUGCUGGCAAUGCACCCACCAGAGGCCCAGGAUCACCAAGUGACCCCAGGGAAAAGGUAAGGACAGUAAGAGGGUCAUGGGAAGAGUGAGCCGAGGAUCAGAGGCAAAGACAGUUCUCAGCACCCUCCCCAAUGCCAGAUAUUUCAGCUUGAUAAGGACCUCCCCCAGGAGGCCAUUGGGUUCGGCCUUCAGAUGGGGUGCAGGAAAGCCAUUUAAUCCCUCAGCCACCAAUAGAUUUUGGUGGUCUUGGGGGAUAAUGGGUGUCAAUUGGCUCAUUAAGAAGCCUAAUUGACAUCUCAGCAACUGGGAAUUCUAUAUCUGCCCUCUGACUUAAUCGAGGGAGGUUUACUGCUGCCAGGAGACUGACAUGGGGUCUCUCCUGCAAGUAAGUGGCCCAGGCGUAAUGGUUCCUGCCACAAAGGACUGGAUUAAAUUCCACCCAUUGCCUAAAAUACUUUUAACUGUUUUUCAUGGUAUUUAAAAUUACUUCAAUGUUCUGGUCUAAAGAUUAAAAACACAAGUUCUGUAGUACACAAAAUAAAUGAUUUACUAAAGUUGCAAA